AUGACCACGACCGCGCAGCAGGCUGGUUCCAACACGGCUGAGACUGCACGAGCAGCCAACUGGCGCUGGUUGUACGAGGUCGGCACGUCCACGAACUGCUACACGGGCAACGAAUGGGAUGAAACCAUUUGCUCCGACCCCGAGACGUGCGCGUCUAACUGCGCUCUUGACGGUGCCGACUACACUGGGGCCUACGGUAUCACCGCUGACACGGACAGCCUCACGCUCAAGCUGGUGACCGACAGUGCGUACAGCACCAACAUCGGUUCGCGCGUGUACGUCAUGGAGUCGGACGACACGUACAAGGCUUACAUGCUGCUGAACCAGGAAUUCACGUUCGACGUGGACGUGUCCAACUUGGACUGCGGUCUCAACGGCGCCCUGUACUUCGUCGACAUGGACACCGACGGUGGAAUGAGUCGGUUCUCCGGCAAUGCUGCCGGGGACAAGUACGGCACGGGUUACUGUGACGCGCAGUGCCCGCAAGACCUGAAGUUCAUCAGCGGUGAGGUCAAUGUCCUCAACUGGACGGCCAGUGCCACUGACAGCAACUCUGGCACUGGCGAAUACGGCUCGUGCUGUGCCGAGAUGGACAUUUGGCAGUCCAACAGCAUCAGCAACGCCUACACCUCGCACCCCUGCUCGGUGACGUCGAGCGCUGGAGGCUCGUACCGCUGUGAAAGCGCCACCGAAUGCGGCUCCGGGGACGAUCGUUAUAACGGAGUUUGCGAUAAGGACGGCUGCGACUUCAACCCGUACCGAAUGGGCAACAAGACGUUCUUCGGCCCCGGAUCGGAUUACACGAUAGAUACGACGAAAUCGUUCACGGUCGUGACGCGGUUCAUCACGGACGAUGGCACUGCGACGGGUACGCUGAGUGAGAUCACUCGCUUCUACGUGCAGGGCGACUGCUCAGCAGCAAAGACGGAGUUCGGCGACGAGGACGACCACAAGGCCAAGGGCGGACUUGCUCAGCUCGGGCUCGCCAUGAAGCGCGGCAUGGUGUUGACCAUGAGUCUGUGGACGGACAACGCCGCCUACUGCCUGUGGCUGGACUCGGACUACCCCGUGACUGCUGACGCCUCCGAGCCCGGUGUCUCGCGCGGUACGUGCGCCAAGACGUCGGGUGUCCCUGAUGAUGUUAUCUCGGAGCAGCUGGAUGCCACUGUCGUGUUCAGCAACAUCCGCUUCGGUGACAUUGGCACUACGGUGGACGUCCACCGGUACGUCAACUUCCCCGUCCACAUCGACAUCGUCGGGCUCGUCGACUUCCACUUCAACUACGGCGUCGUCCACGUCAACCGAUUCCACGGACGCUUCAACGUCCACCAGUACGUCCACAACGACGACUUCUCCGUCCACAUCGUCGUCUACUACUUCGUUGGACGCUUCAACGUCCACUUCUUCCUCAGCGGCCAACGAGGCUGA